GUUCGAGAGGAGAGAGAAAUCAUCCAAAAAUCGAUCUGGAACGAGCAGUGGUCUGUGAACUCGAGCUGUGGGAGUGCUGGGACUGUCUGGUUGAUAUCUCGAGUUUUAACAAUCCAAUUAAAGCGUGUGAGAUACCAAAAGAAAGCUCUCAAGACGAGGAAUCCGUGAAGGUCUGGUUUGCAUCAAUCGGAGUUGUGGAAGGCUUCCAAAUCGUCCGAGCAAAACACAACCUCGCAGGAGAGGAUUUAAUCUUCUAAAGAAACGAGUUAACCGGGAAACACCCGUUCUAGGGGCUGUUUUCGUAUCAACGAUUGAGGGUUGAACUAGCACUUUGAGGAGGCUGUUUAACACUCAUAUUUGAGCAAGGAAUUAUUUCCAAAUCCACCUUGACCAAAGCUUUGACCAUUGGACCAAGAAGGGAAAGUUUAAAGCUCAAUUGAGGUUGAGGCUAGAGCUUGCAUCCUGUGCUCGUUGAUCGAGUGAUUCCUCGGAGAGAAGACUUGGUUCGUGCUUCCUCCAUUCUAUUUGAAACAUUAAUAAAUUUGCUCAUGGAUAUUUUACUAUAGAGCCUGCGUGCUCAUGAAUAGCCCGGUGUGGCCUUUUGCUUUAAACAAUGUUUUCCGCUGCGUUAUGAAUUACUUAUUAUGUUUGUUUAUGGAUGUUAUAUGUGUGAAUGAUAUUCAUGACGCCUUGUAUAAUAUGAAUGUGUUGGACUGCGGUUGACUAUUCGUAUUGUACGGCGGGUUGUUGACGUGUCCGGGUAGGUCCGGGGCGUGACAGUAGUGGCCAAGCUUCUUGACGGUCCAAACAAUGGCUAGGACCGUUUUUUCCACAGGGGAGUACCUGAGUUCUGCCUCCUUGAGGGUCUUGCUAACAUAGAAGAUGGCAUGUUGGAUGACAUCUUCCUCCCGUGACUAUUCCGGUCAUCUGCGGCUCUGACCGUCAGGCCUGCCGCGGCCUGACUUCGACAUUUACGAAGGGUUUAGUCACGGACCUGACCUUCGGUUAGUGCCGCGCCACCUAGCAUCCCGAACUGCCACCACCGCCACCGCAGUCACCGCCGCCGGUCUAGUCUUCGUCGUCGUCCACAACCAGCCGUCCGCCGCCUUCCUUCGCCGCCCCUUCUUUUCUCAGUCAAGAUGACCGACGAACACUCGACAUCGGCUGCCCGCCCUAACUAUGUGCCCAUGACCGAAGCCGAGCGCAACAAUGAAAGAGCUGUUUGGGUGACACCUCACCAAGUUGCUCAUGACAAGAAGUGUUCGACGGCAUCAAAAACAUAAUUGGAGGACACUUUCUUGGCAAUUGGGCCACCUACACGGAUGUUGACCCCAAGGUCCGCGAACUAUGGUGGAACCUAUUCAAGGCUCGCUUUCGUUGGACUCACGCAAACGGUGCGGCUAUUCUUAGAGCCUAUAAUAAUAGGAUUUUGACCUGGCUUCGGCCCACUUUUAAGCGUGCCCGAAACCGUGUGAGACAGCCUAAAUGGGUUUCGGAUGAAGUGUGGGCCAACCUUUGUCGUCACUGGUCUUCGGAUUCGAAAUUCUUGGCCAUAAGUGAAUCCGGUAAGAAAAACCGGAUGUCCGAGAAGGCCUUGGAGACGCAGUGGCACGGGGGUCGCAAAUCUCAGAGUGCCCAUAGAGAAACUCUUGCUAGUCCUGAGAAGAAGAGGGUUGGAAUUCUCAAGCUCGUCAAGCAUUGCUGGACGAAGCACGGCGAGGAGUCGAAAGCCGAUCUGCCACCUCGCCUCGCUGACUUCGAAACGAAGUACAACGAAACCGUUGACAGGCAGCGUGCGGAGCGAGGCUUGACCCAGGAGGACGAGCUCGAUUCCGAUGCGGAUGAUGAGGCGGCCAUUGAGGCGGCCGGGGUUUACAAGGGUCGGGUUCCGUGCCUGGGGGCCGAGGGGCAACGGAUUUUGUAUUGAUCGAAGCACCGUCGCUUCCUCUUCUCGAUCAAGGCGGGGAGAAGAUCCUCGUAUUGCCCAAAUGCAACGUGAACUGGAGGAGCACGAACGGAGAUGGGAGGAGCAGCGGAAAAAAGAGGAAGAAACAAAAGCCCGGCUGGAGGAGAUGGAACGGUUCAUGCGUGCCGGAUUCCAGCCUCCGCACCAGCCUUUUCCUCCCCCGUACGUAUUGCACCCUGAGCAAACUCCUCAAGUUCCGCACAUGAGCGGUAUGGGUUUUUUCUCUAACUCCGGAUACGGUGGCACGCCUACGAUGGGUCCGAAUUUCGGAUCUAUGUCCUUUGAUUUUUUGAGGUCAUCCGGAGGAGGUAGUGGUACACCAAGCCAUGGACCCGGAGGAGGACCCCGAGGAGAACCCCGAGGAGGAACCCGACCCGACGACCCCGUACAGCAGCCCGAAGACCCCCCAUGAACCCACAAGAGUUUCUUGUUGUUGAUGAUGAUGAUGAUGAUAAUGAAGAUAAUACUAAUUUUUAUCGUAAUGGAGUCCGACGAUGAACGAGCAUGUAAUCAUACAUUUAUAAGUUUAGCAUUUCAUAUUACAUUUA